CGAUCCAAAGUAAUCCGAAGUGUUUUUAAACGGGUCAAACCGAAUAGCCCCCAAACCUGUUUUUAGUAAUAAUUUGACGAGGAAGAAGAAUCGCAGACGAACAUAUUCAUCUCUUUCAGCUGGAUUAGGGUUUCUUUCAACUUCAAAAUGAACAAAUUGAGCAGAGGAAACCGUGAUAAGGCUCAGCGCUUCAUUGCUAUCACCGGCGCAAGUUGCAGAAACCAUGGUCAAAGUAAUGGACCUCUUGUCUAUCAGCUUGAACGUGAACCAAGUAGAAGUCUCUCAAGUGAGAGAGUUGCUCUACAGGCUUUGAAGGCCAGUGAUUGGUAUCUUGAAGGAGCAAUCGAUGUAUUCUAUAGUCAACCCCAAGUCCAGCAGUCAUCUACAGAUUCAAGACAUCUCGAGAAACUCUACAACAGAUACAAAGAUCCUUAUGCUGAUAUGAUUUUGGCUGAUGGUAUUAGCACCCUAUGCAAUGACCUAAUGGUAGACCCUCAAGAUAUUGUCAUGUUGGUUAUCUCAUGGUACAUGAAGGCUGCUACCAUGUGUGAAUUCUCCAAACAGGAAUUUGUCGGUGGCUUGCAAUCUCUCGGGAUAGAUACGUUGGAGAGGUUUCGUGAGCGUUUACCGUAUAUACGUUCUGAACUAAGUGAUAACCAGAAGUUCAAGGAGAUCUAUAUCUUUACGUUUGACUGGGCAAAGGAAAAGGGUCAGAAGUCACUGGCGUUGGAUACAGCCAUAGGGAUGUGGCAAUUGUUGUUUGCGGAAAAGAAGUGGCCGUUGGUUGAUCACUGGUGUCAGUUCUUACAGGAAAAGCAUAACAAAGCUAUUUCUCGGGAUACGUGGUCUCAACUACUAGAGUUUGCAACCGGUGUGGAUCCCGGACUUUCAAACUAUGAUGCUGACGGUGCGUGGCCAUAUCUAAUUGACGAGUUUGUCGAGUAUCUAACCGAGAACGCCAUGGUUCAAAAGGGUAGGGGGAAGAAGUUGUAAGUGUCGGAUGACGUUAGGUUUUCUUCUCAAUUCAUAUGGAAAAUUUUUAGAGUGAGAUUAAACUUUGUAGGGUGGAUUUUAACUAGACCUUAACACAUGAAAAAUAUGCAUUGAUGAAUGAAUAUGAAUAUGAAUAUGAAUAUGAAAACGAGAGUACGAGACGGUUAAUGAUAAAGCAACAUAUGAAAUAUAUGCAUGUAUGAUGUAUGUAUGUAUGUUGCAUUAAACAGAUGAUUUUGUGUUGUGAAUCUUUCCGAUAAAGUCGUUUUCAUCGA